GGUGGUACGUGAGAGAGUCGUUGGCCCAAUUUACAUUCUAUUUCGAUCGCGAAUCUUCUCUGCAGUGUCGCGCGUAUAUCAACCGCGCUGCGGUUUACGAAAAUAAUGCGUCAUGUAUGAGCUUUGUAAGACGUGACGCAUAUGUAACAUUUCUCCUUCAAAGAAUCUCGAGCCGAUGAUUCGUGCGGAAGUGCGAAUUAACAUUCAUUCAUGUCCCUCCGCCAACAGAACGUACGUUUCUUUGCGAAACGCUAAUCUCGCUUUCGACGGGAAGAAGUAAAGGACAAAAGAAAAAAAAUAGAAAACGAACAUCGGCCGAGAAGAGAGACGGAAGUGCGUGUUACAUCGUAAGAAAAAGAGCGUUCCCCCGUGUCUGUUGGUUACGCAAUGAUUUGCGCGUUCGUACAGUAACGUAUUUAUUCGCGAUCUGCUUUACAGGCUCGGCUUUACAUGAUCAAGGUUGGAAUGCGAGGAGAGAGAAAACGCGUGUAUGUAAAUUGAAUUAAUGUGACACACAAAAUGUGACACAUUGCGCCUUGACGAAGUAAGGAGCGUAACAUUCAUCUCACACAAGUGUCGGCGAUUGCCCACCAGUGUGUUUCGACGUUCAGUUUGAAUCUAAAAAAAAAAUCUCAAAAGAUCUGCGAUUUUUAAAACGAACGCUCUCUCUUUUAUUUCGCGUUUGUUCCUUUAAUCGACAUUUAACUUCGAUUUCGUGUAAUCUGUUAUUAACAAUUGUUCUCUGUGUGAAUCCGCGACGGGUAGAUUUUUCUUUUUUCCCUUGGCGCACGUUCCUGCGCAGUACUCGAUUACGUUACUCGCUCGACUCGUGGGAUACUUGCGCGUGGUUCGAGGUGAGAAGACUCGGGUUGUGUUAGGCUCAAAGCUCCGCCAAUAACACGGCGCGCUUGGGUGUGGUUUAUUAGUGCCGUGGGACCGCGUCGUGCGGGUCCGUCAUCAUCAGGUGGUGAUUUCGCGUGAGACUGUGAGACUGUCUGUUUGCGCGUCCACAAACACGGACGGGCGACGACGUGUGCGAAUAUUUUAUCGCUCUCUCCCACGAAUUUCUCACCUCGAAAGCGCGCGCGCGCGACAACAGAAACAGAAUGAAGAAGAGGAGUCUGUCCGGGAACGUCGGCGUCGGCGUGUUCCUGGUGGCGUUCGUGUGCGUGUGCGUCGCGUUCGGCACGCCCUCGUGGCUGGUCAGCGACCCGCGAAUCUCCGGUGCCAACUUAGACCGACUUGGUCUCUGGCAGCACUGCUUCAGGUCGCUGCCGAAUCCCCAGGAGUCCGACGCGCCCAGACGUUUCUUCGUCGGCUGCAGAUGGGUCUACGAUCCGUUCACCGCGGGCUACUCCGAGAUCCGUGGCUUUCUGCUGCCUCCGUUCAUGGUGGCCACGCAGGUGUUCUUCACGUUCUGCUUUCUCCUGAGCCUGAUAUCGUUCAUUCUGAUACUGCUCUUCACUCUGUGCUGCGAUCCGGAGCGCAAGAGAUACAUUGAGCUGAUAACCGUCAUCGGCUACUUGUGUCUGGCAAGCGGUCUCAGCGGCGGUCUCGCGGUCAUCAUAUUCGCCUGUCUUGGGAACAAGGACGGAUGGAUGCCCGGACACGCCAACAAUUAUCUCGGAUGGUCCUUCGCUCUGGGCGUGAUCGGCAGCGUGCUGUUGCUGAUCGCGAGCGGACUGUUUCUGGUGGAGGCGACCGUGCAACGAAAGAAACGGGACUACGUGAAGGAGUCGCAGACGCGAUUCCAACUAGAAUCUCGCGCCUGAAUAAAAACCGAUGACGUUGUUUUAACCAAGAGAGCGCGUUUUCGCGCGUGCGC